CGACCACUACUUAAAUGAAGAAAGAAAAAAACGUCCAGAAACCGCUUAGGCGUCCGACUAGACGACUAAGCGCUAGGCGCUAAGUCCGACGCCUAGAAGCGCCCAGCAUUUAAUGUAACAUUGAUGGUUAUUGUCGAGGCAUGAUAUAAUAUUUAAAAUCUUUUCCAUUUAAAAUCUAUUUGUUUCUUACUGAUUUAGCUUAUCUUGCGGAAAACUUAGGAUGACAAGAUAAUAUUUUAAGGAGAAAUUAAAAAAUGUGAGACACUUGUAAUUUAUUAUUUCUUUUAAUUAUGUUUUUAAACAAAAAAGAGCAGUUGGUACUCAUCUAUUUUGGUUGUGCAAUUUGUUUUUCUCUUUCCAUUGCUAAAAUUGAAAUGGCUCAGCGACAUUUGUAAUUAAUCAUACAUUUAUAAUAUACUAUUCCGCGGUAGGUGAUUGAAAUUCAUAUGCUUUAAUCCGUAUAGACAACUGAGGAAAUGUUUUGGUUGUUUGACAAUUCGUUGCAAAUAUUUGAUGAUGCACAUAAAACCAUUCAACCUCCAUUUCCAUGUUUCAUCAUCCUGUUAGUUUUUUAGUAAAACAUUCUAAAACCACAGCAAGGAUUAAAACAAGCAUUACAUAAAUAUUUAAGGAGUAGGUAAGAUAGAUUGUAGGUGUACGAAAAAAGUCUGAUAAGCACCACAUUUAUUAAGCGACAAUUGCAGUUGAGGGUUUGAAUUGGUUGUAUUGCUUGUUUCAUUUAGAAAAAUAAGGUGUAUCAGUUUGAAUUGAUUGUAUUGCUUGUCUAGUGAUAAAAUUUAUUAUAAUUUGUAGGGGAAGUUGAUAAUGCCUGUCAAUUUGAAGGCAAAGUUAGCUUACGACACAUUUCGCUCGACUUAUAAAUAUGAAGUCAAGAUUAAGGAAAACAUGGUGUCGGUGGAUAGUAUUGAUGCUGCGUCAAAGGAGGUAGCACUAUGUGCUACUCAAGAAGCUGCUGAUGAUCCUCAUAUCUUGUCUAGAGAGGAAAAUGACGCCAUUGCUAUGAAUGUUAUGAGGUAUAAUAAUAGGGGCAGAUUUCCAUUGAUGGGGGUUGGAGCUAUGCGGGGCACCUCCAGAAUAUCAUCCACGGCGUCGUCACCAACCUCGACUGCGACAGGAUCCUCAACAAGGAUUCUUACCACUUCUGCAAUUUUGCGUGUCUCAUGUUAUCUGCGUGGUAAGAUCGACCCUGCAUUACUAAUGCAACUGACGAAGGUUAUGUAAGUGAAUAAAAGUGCAAAAUAUAGAAAGGAAACACAUACAUAUAACAUGACAACGAGUAACCGAGCUAGUCAUUUACAAGUCUUUUAGAAUAAGGUAGGAAUGAUCCAUAUAG